GAGUGCGUGGUGGGCGGGGCCUGUGUGUGGUGGGCAGGGUCUCUGAUUGGACGAUAGAAGCUGAACUUUGUCACAUCAGUCAGUUAUUAUUCAGUCUGAAGGGUUUCUGCUGCUGAUGACAGGAAACUGAUCUCAGAGACUCUCAGCAGGCGACCGGCAGGACGUUCUAACUUGUCAGAGUUUCCAAACAUCAAGCUCCAUUCAGCAUCUUCCUCCCUCAGAACCUCCACCCCCCGCCGGCUCCAUAGCACCCCCAGCAGCCAUGGACAGCACCCCGAGAAGGUGGGUACUGAAGCCUCUUUCCCCCGUGCUGCAACCGUCAGAUCUGCGCACCAUCGCUGGCCCCACCCGGGGCGAUUUCCCUGACCUGGAAGAGCCGGUCUUCUCCUCAAACAUCAUCUCCGUUGGUGGUACUCUAUCCUCAGUCGUCGUCUCCUCACAGCAGGGUGACGGGGCCACAGAUGUGGUGGUUCAGGCUCGGCAGGUUGCAGUGUCACAGGAUGUAGGGAACACCAGUGAUGAGUGGCAUCCCAGUACCUCAAGCAACCCCAGCAGUCCAAGCAGCAGCUUGGGCUCUCACUGCGGUUUCUACUCCUUCGUGGAGGAUCCGAUGAGUCCUGAGGCUGAGAUGAAUGAAGCAUGGAUGGUCUCACCACAGCGACAGACUCAGCUGGCGACCCUGAAGGAGGAGAAAGGAUUCAAACUACAGACCUACACCAGCAGCAGGAAGCCGGAGAGUCUGUUCUCAGAGAACAAUGGAGACUUGCAGUACAAAGUGGAUCUGAACAAUGGUAUUGAAGUGGUCCAGGAGGAAGAGGAGAAGCAGCUUCGGAAGGAGAUCAUUCACAGCCAAGCACCAAAGAAAAGCCAAACAUUCAAAGAUCAGCUGAGUGCACUUGAGGAUCUAGAUCUGAGCAGAUCUGCAAACAAAUUGCUAGAAGGUUUCAGUGUAAGUUACAACCCUGUCAGCUCCAGACCAGAACCUCACCAACCUACUGAGCUCAGUACCAUAGACAAGGAGCAGAUCAACUUCAACACUGCCCGGGAACAGUUCCUGAAGAUGGAACAGGACCGGCUGACUGCACUCCUCAAUCCUCCGAGGUCCUCAAAAACACAUCUGAACAAGUCUCUGCAGCCAGAUUCUGAUGUGUCCUCAUCAAAGCUGGUGGAGACAAACCACAGUGUAGAGGUAAGCAACGAUAAAACGCUUUUUAAACCACCAGAAAAUGAGAGCUACCCAGAGAGAAAGUUGAUGGUGUGCAGGACUGAGGAGAGUCUCAGCCGACAGAGCAGUGUGUUUGAGGACCUGGACACUUGCCUGGAUGAGCUGUCGGUGGAGGUGGGUGGUGGUUACACCAGCGAGCAAGGCAUGUUCAAUGACAACGCUCAGCCAGAGAACAGGAUUAGCAAGUCCAUAAGCAACUAUGAAACCCCGGUUGAAAGGGAGAUCCGGUUAGUUCAGGAACGUGAGGAGAACCUACGACGCUCUCGGGGGCUGUAUAGUGAUUACAGUGACAGCAGAGCAGAAAUGGUCGAGAUCAAAACCAAACGUUUACAAUCUCCACUCACGGCUGUCAAAGCCAAAGAGAAGAACCGAGUGAGCUUCAUCAUCCAGCGUGAGAUCCAGAAGGAGAAGGAGAAGAAGGAGGAACAUCAGCAGCACGGAGAGACCCUGGGACGAUACCAAGAUCCUCCACAGGAGCUUGAGGACGUAGAGAGGAAGUUUGACCAAAGAGACAAGGACAAGAGGACAGAAGAAAGACCUCAGUCUGAGUCUCGAGAUGCCAAAGUCUCACCAGCACCUUGCUGCCCUCAUCGUCAUCCCAAAGAAACCGAGUUGUACAUCAGCCAAAUGAGUUCAGCUCGUUCUUCCUUCUCUGUAAGGGUAUCAAAGGGCCAAGAAGCAAGAGGUUCUCACCAAUAUCGAAAAACUUAUUCAUCCUCCGGUUCCUCCUCCUCUCCCUUCUCCCCAACACACAGUGACACGACCUUGACCAAGCCUCAGUCCUGGAGGGAAAACCUGGAAUCUACCGGCCUGCAGGCCAAAGGACAAGGAGCUCCAGAUUUCAUCGAGAAGGAGAUUGAGGAGGACUUGAGACGGGAGCAGGAGCUCAGGGAGCUCAGGGAGCGGAGGGAGGCCAGGAAUGAAAUUGAUCGACAGCUCUUUUCUCCAGCUACUCUGGUGGAACAGGCAACCAAGAUGACCAUCAGUCAGUUCUACCCACCUGUAAAAACAGAUAAACCUGUCAGUGUGUCCAGUCCAUCUCCCCGUUCCUCCGCUCGUCUGCCCUCCAUCUCCUUCAUCACCGCUCAGCCCUGGACCUCCUCACCUCCUCCCCCCCCUCCUCCUCUCGCGGUCCGCCCUCCUCUUAGAGGUCUGACAGAGACUCUGCUGCAGGACUUUGAGGAGAGACAGAUCCAGCUGAGGCUGGAGGAGAGUUCAUACGCAGGAAUCCAGCCGGUGGACGACGUGAAUAACGAGGUUGUUGAGUCAACUCGAGUUAUUCGACAUAAAAGCCAGCGUGCUCUCCGCUGGGAGGCUGGAGUGUUUGCGAACCAGGAGGACCAGUGAGACCAGAAGGACCAGAUCCAGGACCAGGACCUGCAGGUGGGGAGGAGGCGGUAGAACUAGUUCAGAUGGAGCGUCUCUUCACUAACAGGAUUUUUUCAGAUUUUUUUCUUCAGCUGAGACUAAAAUGGUUUUAAACGCUCCAAAGAUAAGGCUUCUCCCGAUUGGUCCUCUAGACAAAAGCCCCUCUCCUUGUCCAAUCAGCUGCCAGCUGCUGAGUAGAGCCUCUGACAGAGACAAUGUGCCUGAUUCAUAUAGAAAAGAAAUAAAUUGAGUGAAGAAGAGUGAUGAAGGUUUCGUUUUCAUUGAAUCACCUGACGUUUCUGAUUAUUUUCAUGAUUUAAAACUGAUGCUUCAAACAAUAGCACAAAGAAUAAAACUUCUUAUUCAACCUGU